CCCCCCCUCAAGGAGACUCUGGCUGAGGGGUUUACUGUCACCUCUUCUCUUCGAGUCACUUUGUUCAGGAAUUAAUUAUGGAUUCUGAAGAGAAUGGAAACAGAUUACACAAAAUCACAACUUCUCAGCAAGCAUUCUGUUCCUGUUGUGGUGCUCUUAUUACAUCAGUUUUGGUGACACCCCUAGAUGUUGUCAAAGUCAGACUGCAAGCCCAGAGCAAUCCAUCCCUCAAAGGACAGUCUUUUUUGGAUUCUGAUGGCUUGACGGAUCACGUUUAUCUCUAUGAAAAUGGAACGGGCAAAACUUGGAAUAAAACAUCUGGCCGUUUUGCUGGCAUGAUGGAUGCUUUUAUGAAAAUUGUCCAAAGAGAAGGUGUGAAAGCACUGUGGAGUGGAUUACCUCCAUCACUAGCAGUUUCAGUUCCAACAACAGUAAUUUAUUUUACCUGCUAUGAUCAGCUACAUGAUACCUUGGUUUCUAAACUAGGAGAAGAUAAUGACUACGUUCCACUUAUUGCAGGUGGCAUAGCCAGAUUGUGUUCAGUGACUAUAAUAAGUCCGAUUGAAAUGAUUAAAACAACUUUGCAGUCUCGGCGGCUGACUUACAAACAACUGAGUGUUUUCAUUAGCAGUAAUGUGGCCAAAAAUGGCUGGCUUUCACUUUGGAAAGGAUGGGGUCCCACUGUCCUUAGAGAUGUGCCAUUCUCAGCACUGUACUGGUGGAACUAUGAAUAUUUCAAGACAAGGUUAUGCAAGAAAUCAGGUAUACAUGAGCCAACAUUUCUUAUCACCUUCUCAUCUGGAGCAGCAGCUGGUUCUAUUGCUGCUCUAUUAACUUUACCCUUUGAUGUAAUCAAAACACACAAGCAGACUGAACUUUGGGAAUUGGAUGUCGCACGCUCAUCGCAGCAGAGAAGUGUAUCAAUAUUGAACUUAAUGAAGAGAAUUGUUGCUGAAAAUGGAUUUCCUGGUUUAUUUAUUGGUAUUAUUCCAAGGCUGACGAAAAUUGCUCCUGCUUGUGCCAUAAUGAUCAGCACAUAUGAAUAUGGAAAAUCUUACUUUCGUAGAUUAAAUAAAAAUAAAGAUAUGAAGAACUAUUAAUGCUGUUUCUGUAAACUUAAAUAACCAGUAUGCAGAGGGCUAUACCAAAAAACGUUGCCUCCAGCCAGCUCUGCUCAGUGUGAGGAUCCCACCCAAGUCUGCAAAGGGAGAGUGGUGCACAGCCCAAUUUCCUCUAUGCUUAAAUUAACCCAACAAACAGGAAUUACUGCAGGAUUAUUCCAGGAAAAUUUAAUUUGUCAUUCUGCAGUCAUUUAUAAUGUAGUUAGCUGCCAUAUCUGGUAACAGGUUACAACGCAAGUCGCAUUUAGCAUAUUGACUUACACU